AGAGGGCACGGAGAUGGUGUGAGACAGGAGCCCAGGGGAAAAGACAGACACUAAGACUCGAGGAGAGAAACAAAGAAGAGCCAAGGAGACAAGACCGGAGUAGCCUGACCAGAAGCCAAGAGGGUCCGAAAGGGCUGUGCUCCAGAAAUGGCCCUAAGGAUGUUCUGGGCUGGACAGGCUAAGGGGAUCCUGGGAGGCUGGAGGAUCAUCUGCUUGGUGAUAUCUCUGCUCCUUCAGCACCCAGGAGUCCACAGCAAAUGCUACUUCCAAGCUCAAGCCCCCUGCCACUAUGAAGGGAAAUAUUUUACCCUGGGUGAGUCUUGGCUCCGCAAGGACUGCUUCCACUGCACCUGCCUGCAUCCUGUCGGAGUGGGCUGCUGUGACACGUCCCAGCAUCCCAUCGACUUCCCUGCUGAGUGUGAGGUACGACAGGAGGCAGGAACCUGCCAAUUCUCCCUGGUACAAAAAUCUGACCCUCGGCUGCCCUGCAAAGGGGGAGGGCCUGACCCAGAGUGGGGCUCGGCUAAUACCCCUGUGCCUGGGGCUCCUGCUCCCCACUCCGGCUAAACUCAACUGAUCACCCUUCUGC